GUCAAUCUACUAUUUGCUGAACUAACGUAGAACGGAGAAAAACACGAGGAAAAGAAAAAGACGUACCACUUAAAUAAUAAAAGUUAAGCAACGUUGGCAACACUCUGGAAUUUUGCAAGAAAGAGCUUCAACAAAACAUGGCUUACGUUGAAAGAGGUGUGGUAAAAUCCAAGCGUUCUAUAUGGCGAUUGAAGACUAUCACUGAUUUCUUUUGGUCCAUCAUCAACUUCAUUAAUGUGUUUUUUGUAACUAUGUUUUCGAUGGAGAAAACAGAUGGCUACAAAAAAGGUUCAGGAUCCAGCAAGAAGUGGUAUGGUGGCGGUCCUGGAGGUCCUGGAAGUGGUCCAUAUGGUGGCGGUCCACGUGGGCCACCCCGUGGAUUGGAUAAUGUCCGAGGCAUCGACCACAGCUCUCUUCCUGCCUGUGGUUCUUGCUGCGGAUAAAUGCUGCCUAUGCCACUUUUGAGAAUCUAUGGUUUGGGAUCUUAUUCCAUAAAUAUAUGUAGUGAAUUGUAUGUAGAUUUCUGCACUUAUGCUUGCAUUCAAAACUUGGAAGCGUGUUCUAUGUGUCUUUCAUCCUAAAAGUUAAACUCAAGAUAUUUUUCUCUUUUUUGUA